AUGUUACAGAGGUUACGGCAGAUGACAAGGAAAAAUCUUGGAUGAAACACAAACGCCACAAGGUGUUGAAGGGAAGCCAAGUGUUGUUCCAUAUGUAAGUGCUGUGACGGAACAAAUUUUAUCUGGAGAAAGCAUGAGCCAACUUGACGAUAGGUCUUUCGUUACAGAAAAGGCACAAGAAGACUUUUUAGCAAUCGACAGCUUAACUACUACAGAAGCUAUUACUUUUGAAACGGAAAACCAGCUUACUGAAAUUCAACCAUCAACUAAACAAGCUCAUUCUGAGUUUCAGCCAGCAGAAGGUAUAGCAGUAACGACUGUUAUAUCGGAACAAAAAGAAGAAACCUUGGUAAAAGAACCACUUGAUUUAAAAGCAGCUGAUUCUUCUUUAAUUCCUCAAGAUAUCAUUCAGGUUCAAGAAACUAUAGCACACGAUAACGUCAAUGAAUUUGAAAAGGAAAUUACGGACGUUCAUUCCGCUACACAAGUACAAUUAGAGCACCAAAGCUUGAUUAGUACAGAAGCUGUUAUUGGUGAAAGUGAAAAUAUUUUAAUAGAAAAAGAGGAGCCGUUAAAACAUACAGCGGAUGUUCAAUUUGAAAAUUUGACAACAUCUCAAAUUUCAGAGAUAAUUCCAUCUGAAAAGGAAGAUUCUUAUGAAACUGUCAAAACUAGCGACGCAAAGACAGCAACGUCAGCAAUAGAUGUUCAACCAGUAGCAGAAACUACCGUUACAGAGAUUGAAGAAUCGGUUAGUAAUGUUAAAACAGACGAAACUGUUCCAAUAAAAGCAGAGAUUGAGCAAACCACUGUUGAAGCUGUGGUACAAACAAAAACUUUAGUUCAAGAAUCGGAGACAUAUUUUGAUAAACCAGAUCUGGUUUCCAAAAGUGCAGAUGUGUCAUUUAUUACCGAUCAAAGUGUCACUAUUACCCAGACCAUUACCAAUGAAGCAGAAUCUUCGUUGGAACCAUUAUCUCAACCAGAUGCAAUGUUAGCAUCUACCGAUUGGGAAACUCAUAGUAUUCCUUUAAAAACCGAACACAAUAUAAUGGAUAGUAUCAAAAACAUUGAUUUAGAAGAGCCUUUAGCAGUUAGUGCAACUACUGAAUUAUCUACAUUACCCACUGCACUAAAAUUUGAAACUAUAGUAUCUGAAUUGGAAAGUGAUUCACCAGCUGAACAGAAACCGGAUAGCCAAGAGGUCUCCAUAUCUAUAAAAGAAGGUGAGUCCAUUACCGUCGAAACAGUAACAGCUCACGAAAAUGAAACAGAAUUAUUGAAACUAGAUUUAAAUGAAAAAUUUGCUGCUACCAACAUUACUGACGCGAAGAGCAUAGUGUCUCAAUCACAACCUCUUGCCCAAGAAGCAUUAGAUGAUCUUGUUACAGAGUUAUCGCAUCAGAGUAAAGCUGCCGAACUUUCAAUUCCUCUGGAUUACAUAACAGUGCAAGAACAAACACCGGUUGAUAACGAAGAGGAACUUGUAUUACCUAAACAAGCAGUUGAAGCUUUGGCUUCAGUAGACUUCGAAACAAAAGAAUCAAUUUCUACAAGUGAAGAAAUUGUAGGUCUAAAAGAAGAUGUACUUAGCCAGUUUAGUUUACCGGAAUUAAAACAAGCCCAACCAUAUAUUGACGUUGUGCAUAAAGUUGUUGAGCACCAUUUAAGUGAUGUUGUGGAAAGUACGGGUUUGCAUAAAACUCCAGUACUAGAGGAAUCAGUUGCCAAAGAAAAAGACGAAGUUUUAAAUUCUCUUAUGAUUAGUGAAAACCUUUCACAAGAAAAAGAAACGGAAUUUACAGGAGAAUUUAAGCCAUUUACAAGUGAAGCAACUGUUAGCUUAGAAGAAAAAUCACAAGGUUUGACUAUAACUGAAAUUAUUCCUCAAGAUAGAGAGGAGAUUUUAGAGGAUUUUGCUGCCAAAUCAAGCCAAAAAGCAAAUCUUGAAUAUAAUUUAAUGACAGUUCCUGAACAAUCAGAAAUAUGUACAGAAGAUACAUUUAAAAAGCUAGUGACUGUAUCAGAUGAUUCCUCAAUUGCAAAUGUAGAAACUAUACCGUAUAAGGGACUAGUUGAAACAGUUCAUCAAGUUCAAGAAAAAGAAGGAGAAUAUCAAAAAAUUGAAAUGUUAGAAAAACAAGCGGAAACCAAAAUAGAUACGGAGUCAGCUGUAUCGGCAAUGCAAAUAAUAGCUGCUGAAACUGAAAAGUCUUUAGACCGAUUUAAGGAACCUGAAGCCGUUAUAGCCAUACCUUCAAUUCUAGAGAAAAAAACAGCUGAAACUACAGAAGUGCUAACACACCAAAUAACGGGUGAAGUUAAGUCGGAUAUUAUUGUAACGGCAACAGCUUUUCCAGAAUAUAGUCCUUCAGAAAGUAUUACCAGAACUGAAACAACAGUAAUUGAAAACAUCGAUGAUUUCAAUACUGCACUAAAACUAAACACUGUCAGCGCUCAAGAAAAACUAGACGUACUUUCAGAAAUAUCGGUAAGUGAGACGCACACAGAGGCUGUGGCUUCAGAAUUCAAUGUCGAAGCAGAUAUGCCUACUGGUAAGGCGGAAACUCUUUUAGAUGCCAUUAAACAUCUGCAAGCAUCUGAAGUGCAAACCUCUGAAAAUAUAACAGAGUUACAAAUACCAGAAAUAUCAAAAUCUAUGGUACAAGUUCGACAUGAUGAACAUGAAAGUAUUAUUUCACAAGAAAAUAUCGUACACGAAACCGAAAAAGAAUUUACUGAUACUCCCGUAGUAGAUUAUAAAACAGCUAGCAAAACAAUUCCAGAAGUAGAUAGUAUAUCUAUAUCUGAAGUAAUGAUCCGUGAAACAGAAAUACCUCUGCAAGCGAAAGAACUCGACGAGAAAAAAUCUGAAAUUAGUAUAGUACCCAUGAAACCUCUAAUACAGACCGAAGUUAUAACUGGUGAUGCAGCAAAUAAAUUUGACUCUGAAAGUACCUUUAUAGAUACCGCAGUACCUUCCCAAGAUCAAUGCGAAAGUAUUAUUAUUUCUGAGAAUGUAAUUCAAGAAUCCGAGAAAACUUUUGAUAGAGAAGAGGUAACCAGUAAAACCGUUAAUAUCGAAUUAGUACCAGGAGAGUACGUUUCAGUAAGUGAAAUAGUAGCCAAUGAAAGAGAAGAAAUGUUUACAGAUAAACCAGCCAUAACUUCCGCAGCUGAAAAAUCUUUUGUUCCACAGGAAGCCACUCAAAUUACAGAAGUAAGAACAGAUCUAGGCAUAAACGAGUUUGAUGUUCCUAGUGCUGAAGAAAAAUAUGCUUCUAAAGAUCAUAUUACACUAAAUACCCUUAACAUUACAGAAACCGUUAUUACAGAAACGGAAUCUCAUUUCGAAAUCAGUAAACCUGAUUCUGAGCAGUCAGUAGAUAUAACGUUAGAGAAACCUUGCACGACAGCUGAAAUUUUACAAGUUGUAACAAAUCAAAGUGAAGCACCUUUAACUCAUGACAAAUACAAUGAAACACGUGCAUCAUCUUCUAUAAUUGAACAUAUCGUAGCUGAAGGAAAAAGCAUCAAACCACUAGAAAACAUAUCAGAUCUACCGGUAGAGGAACAAUUAGUAUUUCAACAAGCCACUCCUCAUCGAGAUGUUGUACAUGGUGUUACCGAAACAACUGUUUUAACACAUGCAAAUACUGACGACAUUUCAACUAAAUUACCGGAAUCUAGAAUUGCUAGUAAGACAUUAAGUUUACAUGAGGGAAUAACUAUAACAGAAGUAACAACACAUGGACAAACAGGCCAAGAAAUCCUAGAAUCUUCUGCUACCGAAACAACCGCUACAAAAGAUAUCGAGCAUAAAAGAUCUAUAAUAACUGAAGAAAUUACUUCGUAUCAGUCUCAUGAUACAAUAGAUUCAAUGAAACCUAUUUUUCAUAAAGGUCACUUAAAUUAUGCCGAUUUUCCUCAACAUGAACUUAUUAUAACGGAUCAAGCUCCUUCAGAUGAUAUAGGCUACAUUGAAAGUUUACAGCCUACCUCAAAAACUGUAAAAAUUGUAAUGGAUGAAGUAUCUCCUAGCCUACAGAUAAGCGAAGUAGUACUUCAUGAACAAGAGGGAACACUGGAGGCACCCGAUAUACACAAAACACAAGCUAGACACACAUUUGUAAGAGGAGAGGAUAAUGUUGUUGAACAUCUAACACCAAACAUUCAACAACAUACAGACACUGAAGAAACACAAGAAAUUAUUACCAAAUUUAGGUCAGCACCAGAUGGUUCAGAAAAUAUAACGGUGGUAGAGCGCAAAACAGUAAUAAGAAAUAAAAAAACAAAACGUCAAGACGGUGGUGAGGGUGAUAUCAUAAUUGAAGAAAUAUUAGAUGAAAUUCAUCCCAACACUAAACAAAUAUCGUCCAAUGUGGAUAUUGUAGAAGUGGACACAAACACUACAGAAUAUAUUCCAACUGGAGAAGACACAGCAACUAAGCACAUAGAGAUAUCCAAAGAGGAAACUCUUGAGAAACCGACAUACGUGGUAGAGGAAUUGCCUGAAAAUAUCCAAGAAACUGAAGUAGUCACAAUCGAUGGUAAAAAGAAAAAGGUUAUUAAAAAACGAAUUAUCAAAAAAAUCAAAGACGGAAAAGAGGAACAAACAGAAAUUGUAACUGUUGAAGAAGAAGGAAAGAAACCAGAAAUAACGGUGACUGUACAAGAACUAGAGACACCCGAGGAAGUAACUUCAGAAAAACCGACAUAUGUAGUCGAAGAAUUGCCUGAAGAUAUCCAAGAAACUGAAGUAGUUACAAUUGAUGGUAAGAGGAAGAAGAAGGUUAUUAAAAAACGAAUUAUCAAGAAAAUUAAGGAUGGAAAAGAGGAAAAAACAGAAAUUGUAACUGUUGAAGAAGAAGGCAAAAAGCCAGAAACAACGGUGACUGUACAAGAACAAGAGGCACCUGAGGAAGUAACUCCAGAAAAACCGACAUAUAUAGUCGAAGAAUUACCUGAAGAUAUCCAAGAAACUGAAGUAGUCACAAUUGAUGGUAAGAAGAAGAAGAAGGUUAUUAAAAAACGAAUUAUCAAGAAGAUCAAAGACGGAAAAGAGGAAAAGACAGAAAUUGUAACUGUUGAAGAAGAAGGCAAAAAGCCAGAAACAACGGUGACUGUACAAGAAGAAGAGUCUCCCGAUGAAGUAAUUCCAGAAAAACCGACAUAUGUAGUCGAAGAAUUGCCUGAAGAUAUCCAAGAAACUGAAGUAGUUACAAUUGAUGGUAAGAGGAAGAAGAAGGUUAUUAAAAAACGAAUUAUCAAGAAAAUU